UCGAUAACGGAACUGUUUCGUUUCAUUCCACUGAAGGGGCGCGGACGGAAACGCAAAUAAUUGGAGCGUGUUGCCGUACCUCUAAUCCCGUGCAAAAGACCAAUCCAGACCGUGAAAGUCAUGUUCAAAAAUACAUUCCAAAGUGGGUUUCUUUCCAUUUUAUAUAGUAUCGGGAGCAAACCUCUUCAGAUAUGGGAUAAAAAGGUGAGGAAUGGCCACAUCAAGCGAAUUACUGAUAAUGACAUUCAUUCACUGGUGUUGGAGGUCGAAGGGACAAACGUCAGUACUACUUAUAUCACCUGCCCAGCUGACCCAAAGAAGACGCUUGGUAUCAAGUUGCCUUUUCUUGUAAUGAUCAUCAAAAACCUAAAGAAGUAUUUCACCUUCGAAGUUCAGGUGUUAGAUGAUAAAAAUGUUCGACGGCGGUUUCGGGCGAGUAACUACCAGAGCACAACGCGAGUAAAACCAUUCAUCUGCACCAUGCCAAUGAGACUUGAUGACGGCUGGAAUCAGAUUCAGUUCAAUUUGUCAGAUUUCACCAGGAGAGCCUACGGAACCAAUUACAUCGAGACUCUGCGUGUGCAGAUUCAUGCUAACUGUCGUAUCAGGAGGGUCUAUUUCUCAGACAGGCUCUACUCUGAGGAUGAGCUACCAGCAGAGUUUAAACUCUACGUCCCCGUCCAGAGCCAGAAGGCCAAGCAGUAGAAUUACCAAAGAAAAAUGCACCAUUUCCCCAAACCUGAUGCAUGUUUGAGUUGUACAAUAUUGUGUGUGUGUGUGUGUAGUUAUUUCUUGUGCUAUUUUUAUGAUGAGUGUUUUUUCAUAUUUGUGAAUAAAGGAGAGAAUAAGUCUUUU